UUCCAGGAAACAAAGAGGGGCAGCCAGCUUGCCGCGAGCGAUUCAUUCAUUCUGUCGGUUUCCACUUGCUGACAAUUCAACAUUCCAUAAGUCUAAUAAUUUCAGAGUCAGGUUGUUGAUUUAACAGCCGGAUACUUUUUCGUGACUUUUCAAACAAGCACACCUCCAACGAGCACAAAACAAACCAUCAACGUCCGCCAUGUCUCCUCUUGUCGCUCAAUCGCCGACGCCCCGCGUCAUCCUGGGUCUGAUGACCUUCGGCCCCGACGAGUCGGCGGGAGCUCGGGUGACGGAUGUGAGCGAGUUCGCCAAGGUGCUCGACCUGUUCCAAUCACGUGGCUACAACGAGGUCGACACGGCCCGCGUGUAUAUCGGCGGCAAGCAGGAGGCAUUCAGCCGCGAGGCCGGCUGGAAGGACCGCGGCCUGACCCUGGCCACCAAGAUCAAGUAUCCAAACGAGCCGGGAGCCAACACCUAUGACAAGGUGCUGGAGUCGGCAGAGCUCAGCCUCAAGGAACUGGGCACUGACUCUGUCGACAUUCUCUACCUCCACGCAGCCGACCGCGCAACCCCCUUUGCCGAGACGCUCCGAGCCAUCAACGAGCUGCACAAGGCCGGCAAGUUUGUCCGCUUCGGCAUCUCCAACUUUACCGCCUACGAGGUGGCCGAGAUCGUCCUGACGUGCAAGUACAACGGCUGGGUGCGUCCGACCGUGUACCAGGCCAUGUACAACGCCAUCACUCGCGGCAUCGAGCCCGAGCUGGUGCCCGCCUGCCGCCGCUACGGCCUCGACAUUGUCGUGUACAACCCCAUCGCCGGCGGGCUCUUCUCCGGCAAGAUCAAGUCCAAGGACAUGGUGCCGGCCGAGGGGCGGUACAGCGACAAGUGCCACACCGGCCGCGUCUACCGGGACCGGUACUACCGCGACGCCACCUUCCGGGCCCUGCAGCUGGUGGAGCAGGCGGCCGAGAAGGCCGGCCUGACCGUCAUCGAGGCGGCACUGCGCUGGGUCGUGCACCAUUCGGCGCUCAGGAUCAAGGACGGCAACGACGGCGUCAUCAUCGGCGUGUCGAGGCUCGAGCAGCUGGACGAGAACCUGACCCACCUCGAGAAGGGCCCGCUGCCCGACGAGGUCGUCAAGGCCCUGGACGAGGCCUGGGCCAUCAGCAAGGCCGACACCACCAACUACUGGCACGGCAAGGUCGAGUACACCUACGAUACCCGCGAAGCCCUGUUCGGAGCCGGCGCGCAGUGAUUUAUUUUGUUCUCUUUUUUCCAUGCCAGAUCAGUGGAGUAAUGUCAGAUCAGUGGAGAAACACAUUCCUUCUUCACAGGUUUUCCCAGCAAAUGAAGACUCAUAGGGCAAUAAGCAAGAAGUCCUAAUUAAAUGAGACUCAACGGCAACGUUGAAGGAAAAGAGAGUCUAUAUUCUAUGUCUAUGUUCUCUACGUUUUGAUUAUGUGUUGUGUUCCGGCACUGAAAAGACAACCAUCAUUCCUCCCACACCCGACCACCAGCUAUUCCCAUAAUACCAUAAGAUUUAUUAUGCGCACACUCUUUCCUCCGGAACACAGAGCCUAAUGAUCCUCCCCGAGGCAAUCGUACAGAAACUCUGAGAGACCGACGGCCCGCAUAUCAUCAUUGCUGAAGAUGCCCCCGGCCUGAUUAAUUAACCCGUCAUUAGCAACCAUUCGUC